AUGGCGAUUGUGCAAUCAUUCUCCUUAACUCAAACGAGCCUUUUCAAGGGUAUCGCGGUGUUCGCCGUCGCAUACCCAAUCUGUCUCAUCAUCUACCGUCUCCUAUUCUCCCCGUUAGCAAAACUCCCAGGGCCGUGGUCGACGCGAAUAAGCAGCAUCUUGGAAUCCAAUGCUCUGAAAGAGCAACGAAGGACACAAUGGGUAAGUAGCCUGUUUGAGCAGAAUCCCGGAGCAGCAGUUGUUCGCACCGGUCCAACCUCGGUAUCAUUCAACCAUCCGGAUGCCAUAAAGGCCAUCUAUGGCCACGGAAAAGCUAGUGAAGGCUUUGGCAAAUCCAGCUGGUAUGACGCAUUCUCGACGACUGGAGAAUCGCUUUUCUCCACUCGCUCGAAGAAGCGACAUGCCAUGAAGCGACGAAUGGUAGCCCACAGCUUUAGCGCACAAUCACUGCUCUCGUUCGAGCCGUUCAUUGAUCUCACGUUGAACAAGUUUGUAAAGAGGAUGGAUGAGUUUGCGAGCACCCAGGAGCCUUGUGAGAUUUACUUCUGGUUCGAACUCUUCACCAUGGACUUGAUGGGUGAGCUAGCUCUGGGCAACAACUUCGGGGUUCUCGAUGCAGCAAAGCCGGCCAGGUACUCCACGCUUGUGGAGCAAUCGCAGCGGUUUGCUAAUCAUAGCGGCUUGCUUCCCUUUGGGAAACUCAAUGUAAAGGUAUUGAGUUGGUUCCCGCUGCCAAAUAUCCAGCGUCUGUACAGGGCGCGGUUGGAAUACCUGGAGUAUGCCAGAGUUGCGCUAGAGAAACGGUUUCACGACGAGAGGAAGAAGCUGCUACCGAGUGGAAGGCCGCGCCAGGAUAUUAUGCAGCGCUUUAUUGAAGCAAGAGAUCCAGAGACGGGUCGGCAGAUGGAUUUCGACGAACUCCGGGCUGAGACUUCGUCGUUAAUGGUCGCCGGUGCAAGUACAGGCAGUGUUACGAUGAAUUGGAUGAUAUACUACCUCUCCAAGAAUCCAGACGUUAGAGAUCUCAUUAUCAGCGAACUCGAAGGCAUGUUUCCGGAGAACAAGGAUGGAGCAAGGCCACUUCCUUUUACAACACUAAAUAAGCUCAGCCUACUCGAACACGCUGAGCUUGAAUGCCUCCGUCUUCACCCACCUAUUGGAUACGCCAUGCCCCGCGACACUCCAUCCCAGGGUGCUGUGAUCGCUGGGGUUUACAUCCCAGGUGGUGUUGCCGUUGGAGUGCCUGCGGCGAUCAUCGGCCGCAAUGCGACGGUAUUCAAGAACCCAGAUAAGUGGGAUCCAAAUCGGUGGUCUACGGACUCAGGAAACGAUCUAGCCAUGAUGAAGACGUGCUUUUUGGGAUUUGGGUAUGGGAGUCGACAAUGCAUUGGGCGGAAUGUCGCAACAAGCUUUAUCAUGAAGAUGAUUGCGCAACUAUUUCUGAGGUAUGAUAUUAAGCUAGAGAACGAAGGGCUGAUACUCGGGACCAAAGAAUUUACCAUCUUGAAGCCCGAUCAGAAGUAUAAGGUCAUUUUAGCACCAAGGAAACCUACAGCCAGAUAG